UCUGACGAGCCCUCAGCUGGCGCUGCUUUAGUUUUUGACAACAACGACUCAGUCGACAAUGUUCUCGCCCUGACUGCUGGUCCCAAAGUGCCACGAGUCCCUAUUAGUCUGUUUUCUUUUUAGUUUUGAAGUCGUACAUCAUGGAGACGUCUGCGCCCAAAAGUAAGCUGAAAAAGCUGAGUGAAGAUAGUUUGACGAAACAGCCAGAGGAAGUGUUUGAUGUUCUCGAGAAACUCGGUGAAGGUUCCUAUGGCAGCGUGUUUAAAGCCAUCCAUAAGGAGUCCGGCCAGGUGGUGGCAAUCAAGCAGGUGCCUGUGGAGUCAGAUCUGCAGGAAAUCAUCAAAGAGAUCUCCAUCAUGCAGCAGUGUGACAGCCCCUAUGUGGUGAAAUACUAUGGCAGCUACUUCAAGAACACAGACCUGUGGAUUGUGAUGGAGUACUGCGGCGCUGGCUCUGUCUCUGACAUCAUCAGACUGCGCAACAAGACGCUGACAGAAGAUGAGAUCGCAACCAUCCUUAAGUCGACGCUGAAGGGACUCGAGUAUCUUCACUUCAUGAGGAAGAUCCAUCGGGACAUCAAAGCAGGAAACAUCCUUCUUAACACAGAGGGACACGCCAAACUGGCAGACUUUGGAGUUGCUGGACAGCUGACGGACACCAUGGCAAAGAGAAACACUGUGAUUGGUACUCCAUUCUGGAUGGCACCCGAGGUAAUUCAGGAGAUCGGCUACAACUGUGUAGCUGACAUCUGGUCCCUGGGCAUCACAUCCAUAGAGAUGGCAGAGGGUAAACCUCCUUAUGCAGACAUUCAUCCAAUGAGAGCAAUCUUUAUGAUCCCGACCAACCCUCCUCCAACAUUCAGGAAGCCGGAGCUCUGGUCAGACGAGUUUACAGACUUUGUCAAGAAGUGUUUAGUGAAGAACCCGGAGCAGAGAGCGACGGCCACACAGCUGCUACAGCAUCCAUUCAUCAGCCAGGCCAAGCCAGUUACGAUCCUGAGAGACCUGAUAACUGAAGCCAUGGAGAUGAAAGCCAAGAGGCAGCAGGAGCAGCAGAGAGAGCUGGAAGAGGAGGAUGACAACUCAGAGGAAGAGACAGAGGUGGAUUCUCACACUAUGGUUAAGUCGGGCUCAGAGGGCGCCGGAACCAUGCGCGCCACCAGCACUAUGAGCGACGGGGCGCAGACAAUGAUUGAGCACGGCAGCACUAUGCUUGAGUCAGACCUGGGCACUAUGGUCAUCAACAGUGACGAUGAAGACGAGGAGGAAGACCAGGGAUCGAUGAGAAGACAUGCCACCCCCCAGCAGCCGAUUCGUCCUUCCUUCAUGGAUUACUUCGACAAGCAGGACAACAAGGCGGCCCAGCAGCAGGAGAGCUACAACCACAACCAGGCACAGGAGCAGCAAGGCUACCAUAUCCAAUCCAAAAACGUCUUCCCUGACAACUGGAAGGUGCCUCAGGACGGAGACUUUGACUUUUUGAAGAACCUGGACUUUGAGGAGCUGCAGUUGCGCCUGACUGCCUUGGAUCCCAUGAUGGAGCGGGAGAUUGAGGAGCUCAGGCAGCGCUACACUGCCAAAAGGCAGCCCAUCCUGGAUGCAAUGGAUGCCAAGAAGAGACGACAACAGAACUUCUGAGUGCCGCUCCUGACCCUGACCUCCUCUAAUCUGGAUUUCCCUAAGCCACGGUAAACAACAAAUUCUGUCCAGUGAUUUUUCGGGGGAACCAAAACAAUCUCAUUGGAUGCCCUCUGCUGUUCUGGCCGCCUGUUAGCUGACCUCUAAAUGAAGUAAGAUGCUUCCUUUACUGGGUGAUGUCUGUUUGGUUCUGGGAAUCCACACCCUGCCAAAAAAAGAAAAAGGAGAACCAAGCUGUGGCUGUAACACAUCUGAGAGUCACACAAAGAAUUUCCUCUUUAAUCAGCGAAAAGCCUUUUCUUCAGCAGGAGCAGCGAGCGAGGUCAAUGGCAUUACCCCCACCCCCCACCUUCCCGAAACUUUUUACCUUCACUGUAAAUAAAA